AUGAUGAAUAGGAGAUCUUCUAUUCUUCCUGCUCCACGUUCUCCGGUGUCUUUCGACGAUCUGUUUCUUACCCCAUCAUCAUCACCAUACGGGGAAACUCCUCGUCGACGGUUUACCAUUACUCCAUCUGACAUCAUCGGUCUGAAGCAAAGACUUGUACAGCGCCGCCCCAGUCGCGGACCGAUUUCCCGUACACUCUCCUACCUCCGCACUAAGAUGGAUUUGGCUCUCUCCACGUCAUCACUCUAUCCAUCUCGUGAAGACGUCCGCCAGUGGGAGACAUCGUUCGAGUCAAUUCUCAACAACAAAUUCGGCUGUGCUCUCUUCCGCCAGUUUCUCAAGAAAGAGUUCUCUGAUGAGAACAUGGACUUUUGGCUCGAAUGCGAAGAGUUCAAAAAGAUGAAGGACGGCAAGAAGUCUACCACUCAAAAAGCUAUUGAAAUCUACACAGAGUUCGUUGCCGAGCACGCUCCAAAAGAGGUCAAUCUUGACAGUGACACCCGUGCAGCCACCAGAGCUGCCGUUGAGGCUGGAUGCAAACCAGAUACAUUUGCUCUUGCUCAGAACCGCGUUGAGCAACUUAUGUCCAAGGAUUCGUACAGACGAUUCCUCCGUGAUCGUCUCUUCCUCGACCUUCUGGAAAGCUAUGAUUCUGGAGAUAAGGACGACAAGCCGUCAAGCUCCAAGGACAGAAACUGA